AUGGAGGUGGGAAACACGCUGGACAAUGGCCACUUAUUUGCAGGGCUGACGCAGACUUACAUUGCCAGACUCUUACAGGACAUUACCAUCUACCAUUUGAUUACAGGACAUUACCAUUUAUCACCUGGCACCCACAACCCCUUGAACUCACGUUUGAGUAAAGGUGAUGACAGUGCAGAGCAGCACCGAGACACAUUGACGCUCCUGCAGUCUCUCAAUUUGCCUCAGCAUACAGAAUAUGAAAUUGUUUCACCAUAUGAGGUGACCCAUGAAGGCACAUACAUCUCCCAUGAAGUGUCCCACCACCAGAGGCGAGCCCGAUCCCUGACCCCAGAUACAGGCUUAUCCCGGGCUCAUAACGGCAGCCAAAUGGUGCAUUUCCGGCUCAGCGGCUUGGGGCAGGACUUCCACAUGGAGCUGAGGGAGGCCUCGCACAACCUGAUCGCACCUGGCUUCACCGUGCAGGUCCUGGGAAAGAACGCUACUAAGAGCCUGAGGGCCUACCACCGGGACGACCUUUGCUUUUACCAGGGGUCACUGAGGGCAAGGGUCAACUCCUCGGUGGCACUCUCCACAUGCAUGGGGAUGUCAGGUUUGAUCCGAACCCAAGAUGCAGACUACUUCCUGAGACCUGUAUCUCACAACCUGGCACAAUCCGAGAACUUCACAGCUCCCCCUGGUCACCAACCACACAUCCUCUACAAGAGCUACAGAGAGCCUCAGACCAAGACAGGACCCAAGAACCACAGUCUACAGAAGAGAUCUUUACACUCUACAGUCUUUGGAACCAAGAGUACACCUGACGAUCAGCCAAACAGGAGACAUCACCAUAACCACCACUACAGGCACGGGGAGAGGCAGAGGCAACACUUCUGCGGGAGACGGAAGAAAUUCAUGCCUAAACCUCCAGAGGAAGACGCGUUAGUGCUACCAGAUGAGUACAGAUACAUGCCAAGGACCAGGAGGGCGGUGCUUAUGAAGCAGCAGACCAGUCAGAAGCUGAACGUGGAGACGUUGGUGGUUGUUGACAGAAAGAUGAUGGACAACCACGGCCAUGACAACAUCACCACAUAUGUUCUCACUGUGCUCAACAUGGUUUCCAGUUUGUUUAAAGAUGGGACCAUUGGAGGAAACAUCAACAUAGUCAUUGUGGGUCUUGUGCUUUUGGAUGAAGAACAGAAUGGCUUAGUGAUCAACCACCAUGCAGACCACACACUCAACAGCUUCUGUCACUGGCAGUCGACGAUGGGAGGCAGAGGCGGGCGAAGACACGAUCAUGCCAUCCUCCUCACUGGACUGGACAUCUGCUCCUGGAAGAAUGAACCAUGUGACACUCUGGGUUUUGCCCCAAUAAGUGGCAUGUGCAGCAAAUAUCGGAGCUGCACUGUCAAUGAAGACACUGGUUUGGGUUUAGCAUUCACCAUUGCUCAUGAGUCUGGACACAAUUUUGGGAUGGUCCAUGACGGGGAAGGAAAUGUGUGCAAGAAGUCUGAAGGGAACAUCAUGUCUCCUACAUUAGCCGGUCACAACGGGAUCUUCUCCUGGUCUGCUUGUAGCCGCCAGUACCUCAGCAGAUUUUUGAAUACUGCCCAGGCACUGUGCCUGUCCGAUGAGCCCAAAGCAGUGGAUGAGUAUCAGUAUCCAGAGAAGCUACCUGGAGAGCUGUACGAUGCCGAUACACAGUGCAAAUGGCAGUUUGGCGAGAAGGCAAAACUCUGUACUUUGGAUUUUAAAAAGGACAUCUGCAAGGCCUUGUGGUGCCACCGUGUUGGAAGGAAGUGUGAGACCAAGUUCAUGCCAGCGGCUGAAGGUUCUGCUUGUGGUCCAGAUAUGUGGUGUCGCAGGGGCCAGUGUGUGAAGCAGGGUGAUGAAGGCCCUCGUCCACAACAUGGACAGUGGUCAGAGUGGUCAUCCUGGUCUGCCUGCUCCAGGAGCUGUGAGAGCGGGGUGUCCCACAGAGAGAGGCAGUGCAACAACCCAAGGCCAGCGUAUGGGGGGAAAUUCUGUGAAGGUUCUUCCAGGUCAUACAAACUAUGCAACACUGAAGACUGUCCUCCCAACAGUAUUGACUACAGAGCGCAGCAGUGUGCCGAGUUUAACAGCAAGCAGUUCAGAGGGUGGUACUACACAUGGAGGCCCUACACUAAAGUGGAUGAUCAAGACAUAUGUAAGCUGUACUGCUUUGCUGAGGGAUAUGAUUUCUUCUUUGCUCUGGCCAGUAAAGUUAAGGAUGGUACACUCUGCUCACAAGACAGCUCAAAUGUGUGCAUAGAUGGACUUUGUGAGAAAGUCGGUUGUGAUCGAGUACUUGGCUCUACAGCUGGGCUUGAUGCCUGUGGGGUGUGUAAAGGAGACAACUCCACAUGCAAGAUUUAUAAAGGACAGUAUACUAAACAGCACUACACAAACCAGUAUUAUGGAGUGGUGACAAUUCCAUCUGGGGCAAGGAGUAUUCGUGUGGUGGAGUUGAACACAUCCAGCUCAUAUUUGGCUGUGCGUGACACACAGAGACGCUACUUUCUAAAUGGGCAGUGGACAGUGGACUGGCCGGGCAGACACUCGAUUGCAGGAGCCAUCUUUGAGUACAAAAGGCCUUACAAUAGACCAGAAAGUCUUAUAUCAUCUGGGCCAACUAAUGAGACACUAGUCAUAGAGAUUUUGCUUCAAGGUUGGAAUCCAGGUGUACGCUGGGAAUACACCUUGAAAAACUCAGAUGAAAAGAAGAAUCACAUAAAACACAGUUAUACCUGGGCCAUUAUUCGCUCACAGUGCUCUGCCACAUGUGCAGGUGGUGAGAUGAACACCAAAGCAGCAUGUUUCAAAGACCUCCGCGUGCAGGUGAACACGUCCUACUGCAACCCAAGGACUAAACCAGCUACUGGACAUGUGCCCUGCAACACCCAGCCCUGUCCACCCAGCUGGUCUUUGGGAGAGUGGGGGGAGUGCAGUAGGAGCUGUGGAGGUGGGGAGCAGACACGGCAGGUUCAAUGUGCUCAGAAAACCAGCACUACCAACAUGGACCCUGUGCCAGAUCCACAGUGUCCUCAGCCAGCUCCAGACAGGAGGCAGAGCUGUAACUCACAGAGCUGUCCUCCUGCAUGGUCCACUGGGCCCUGGUCUGAGUGUUCUCGUAAAUGUGGCAAUGGUCUGAGGAAGAGGACAGUGCUGUGUUCCAGUACUAAUCCAGACUCCCAGGCCCACACAGUGUCUGACAGUCUGUGUUUCAGCCUUCCUAAGCCCACCACCCAAGAAACAUGUUUCAUCAAACGCUGCCCAAAACAGCGCAAAGUCCAGUGGUUCGUCUCUACAUGGCAACAGUGUUCAGUUACAUGUGGUCGAGGUGUUCAGACUCGCUUCAUCAAGUGUGCAGAAAAGGACACUGCAGGAAAAUACAGAGAACUCGCAACCAAGAAAUGCCAGCAUGUCCCAAAGCCAACAGUAGACUUACAGAGAGCUUGCAUUUUGGCUGAAUGUUCAGUGCGCACAACCCCAUCACUCUAUAGAUGGAAAAGCCACCACCAUCACACCUCCCCUCCUCAGCCUGUCCCUGUCCCUGCUCCUGCAUACAGACCAGAGUGGCAUCCAUCUGCCUGGUCUCAAUGCACAGUGACAUGUGGAGGGGGAGUGCAGCUCAGGUCAGUCCAAUGCCUUGCCCAGGGAAAAUCCUCCACUGGUUGUUCUGUUCUUUCAAAACCUUUGAUAUCUCAAGCCUGCAACACCAACUUCUGUCCUCAACUGGAGAAAAAAGACAUGGGGUGCAGGGAUUACUUCAACUGGUGUUACCUCGUGCCUCAACAUGGAGUCUGCAACCACAAAUUCUACGGCAAGCAGUGCUGCCAGUCAUGCUCCAAUUCUAACCUAUAA